UGCAAAAACCUAACCCUUGCAAAUCCCUCAUUGUGGCUAUAACCUUCCUGACAUCCUUUGUUCGAAUGGGAAAAAUGUCUAUCAUCAACUAGAAUACGAAUCCACUACUAGCCAAACAGGCUGAAGCAUUUUCCUGGAAAAUAUUUGCAGAAUUCGCUGAUUCUCCUAACUCGAGAAACAGAUGGAGAAAACCACGGCAACAACUCUAAUUCUUCUCUUGAUUUCAUUUUUCCUACAACAAACGCUAUCCAAGGAAAUUGGAGAAGAUGCAGCUGAAAGAACUGUUAAGCAAGAAAAACAGCACGCACAUGAAGUACAUUGUUCUAGAGAAAGAAGUAGGGCUGCAUGGAACAUUGUAGAGGAGUAUUUGAUGCCAUUUGUUGAACGGGAAAAUUACCAGAUUUCUAGUAAAUGUAGACUUCAUCCUGACAAUGAUCUCUUCAGGGAUCAAGAGCAGCAUAAAAUUCACGUGGACAUAAAUGAAUGGAAGUGUGGAUAUUGUAAGAAGAGCUUCCGCGCUGAAAAAUAUAUUGAUCAGCAUUUUGACAGCAGGCACUACAAUCUUCUGAAUGUUAGCGAGGGCAAGUGCUUGGCUGAUUUAUGUGGUGCAUUGCAUUGUGAUUUUGUGAUGAAUUCCAAAUCACCAAAGACAAAAUGCAAUCCUGCAGCUGUUGCGAAAAAUCGCCAUCUUUGUGAGAGUCUUGCAGAUACCUGUUUUCCUCUUAAUCAAGGUCGUUCAGCAAGCCACCUGCAUGAAUUGUUUUUGCACCAAUUCUGUGAUGCUCACACUUGUUCAGGGAAAAAAAAGCAUUUUCCUAAAGGUCGCAAGAAGCAAACAAGUGUUAUCUACCUUGCUUUGUCAAUACUGACUUUGAUGCUGCUGCCUCUUUUUUAUCUUAUUGUUUAUUUGUAUCAAAGAGAAAUGAGGCAGGGAACACAAAAUCUGAGACGAAUCACUCGAGUCGGACAAAAGACAAAGCCAUCAUAGUUAACUGGUAAAUUUUUAUGUCUUCUGAUUGAAAAACUCCCUGAUCAAAUCUCCAGGUUGAAAAUAUAUUUAUGGACUUGAACUUGAACUGGACUCAAGUUAUGGACUUGAACUUGGACUUAAAUGUUUAGAUUAUGAAGUUUUGGUCAGAGCAGUGAGUAUUGGUUAAUAAAUUUUGUCAUAGUGGUUCAAACGCACUGCAGUCUUCUACUUUCUAGGAAACUUGUUAUUUCAAUCUUUGCUGAUGUAUAUGUUUUAGAUUAAUGCAGGCUUUUACUUGCAUCCAUUGAAAUAAGAGAGUAUAGCAUGCAUUUCAUGUUUUUAUUGACUAAUGCCUCUACCAAGUGAAGUAGAUUUGUGCGAGGCACGUAAUGGAAAUUGAGCUAGUUAAGGCUUCUUACAGGCAUUCUUACAUGUCCUCCUCCUCCGGACUAUCACGUCUUGUAAAUGUAAAGAGGACUCAGUUGAAGGUUACAGGUUGACAGAUCAUCCUUAGCCAAGUUGACCAAGAGAUGAUUUGUUACCAAGCUUGAAUUGGCAUAAUGUUCUUACCUGUGGGAUGGCAUCCACAUCCUCUUUACGUCCUUAAUCCUUUUGAUAUGGAAAUCUUAACAUGCUCGAAUCCAUUUUUGUAACAAUUUUAGUGGUUAUUGUUUAAACAUUUUUCAGAUGUAUGCUUGAUUGUGAUUCAUUUUUCAAAACAUGUAUGCCCAUACAAUGUCAUUCCAAAUUCAUGUACUAACUGGUGAAAUUUCACAUUUUUUGCAAUUA